AUGCAUCACUUGAUUUUCAUAUUGAAUCUCCUUUUGAUCAGUUCAUCCAUUUUGUAUCCAAUAGAAGCAAAAAAAAAUUCUUUUAGCUUCGAUCUUAUUCAUCAUGAUUCAAAAUCAUCUCCAUUUUAUAACCAAUCUAAAACUGAGUCAGAGCGUUCGAAAGAAGCUCUCAUCCGUUCCCUCAAUCGCCUCAAUCACUUCAAUUCGUCUAUGUCAAUUGAUGCAAAAUAUGUAGAGUCCGAUUUAAGUAUCGGUGACUAUCUCAUGAACAUCUAUAUAAGUGAUGAAGAUAAACGACUUGUUAUCCCAAGCAUGACAAGUAUCCUAACCUGGAUACGAUGUGGCCCUUGUUCUUCCAACUGUGAGAAUCAACAUCAAUCACUUUAUGAUCCAAAAUCUUCAGCUACUUAUCAAGAUGUUCCAUUUGACUCAGAAAUGUGCAAAUAUCUACAAGGUACUAAGCGUGGGGAAUCAAAUGUGUGUCGAUAUGAGCAUAAUUAUGGCAAUGGUAAAUCCUUCUCUGGCGUGCUGGGCACUGAGACCUUCUACAUGCAAAAUGCCAACAAGACAUUUAAAAGCUUUUCUAAUAUAAUGUUUGGAUGUGAUGAAGGACAUGAAGGGGAUUUGGAAAAUAGUGUUCAAGGUAUUGUUGGUCUUGGACAAGGAAAAAUUUCACUGGUUUCUCAAUUGGGUAAAGGAUUUCAUAAGAAAUUCUCCUAUUGCUUGGUUGAGAAGUCAAUGAAAAGGCCUAGUAAGAUUAAAUUCGGACCGGAUUUAACACUCUACGAUCGCGAGAUAGAACAUAAAGUUAAAGUUCAGCACUUUCCUUCUCAUCCUAGCUACCACCUCAACCUUGAAGCCAUUAGUUUUAACGGUGAGAAAAUAAAGACACUAAAUAAGAAACAGGAUAUGAUAGUCGAUAUUCAGACAUCCUUGACAUCGUUGCCUCCAAAUAUAUACAAUGCACUCAUUGCCAUGUUUAAGAAACAAGUUGGCAACGUAACCUCAAUCGAACUUCCGGGCUACGGCACCUGCUUCCUCCAACGUGAAAUCUUCGAUGCCAAACAUCCCGAAAUUGUUUUUCAUUUUUCCCCCAAACCCGUAUCCAAUGGAGACUUUCGUGUGAACCCUAAAACAAUGUUUCAUACAGUUGGUGCGUAUAUUUGUUUGACAAUAGUCCCAAGAGAUGGAGUUUCUAUUUUGGGGAACCAGGCACAAGUAGACGUUCAGAUGAUAUUUGACCUGUCAAGCAAUUUGCUCACUUUUGCUCCUCUUGAUUGCCUCAAAGCUUCAAUUUGA